AUGAGUUUCUCAGAAGAAAUUUUUUCUCAGAUGUUUGAAGGUUAUGUUGAUUUAGAUCCUAAAGUUGCAAAUUCUUGUUAUUUUCCUUCUACAGAACCUCUUCAGAUUGAUCAUAGUCGAACUUAUUUCUCCUUACAGGAAAUCUUGGGAGAUGCCACUGAUGCUGAGAGAGAGGUAUAUGGGAAAAUUUUGAUGUAUCUGAAAGAUAUGAAAUCCAUGGAGAAAGUCAACCAGUUGAAGAAAUGGAUUGCUUUCAGAUUGGAAAUGGAUCAUUAUGAAGCUCGGUUUUGUACAACUUCUUGGAUCACUCCUUUUAGAGGCCCUUCAGUGUUUGAAUUUACAGAUGAUUAUGAAUAUGUUGAUGUGAUGUUGAGGAAAGACAACAUAAAUGGAGGCCAACCUGUUCGAUUAAUUGUUGAUAUAGAUUUUAGGUCACAGUUCGAAUUAGCAAGGCCAACAUCAAGUUAUGAAGAACUUAUAAAUUCUCUUCCUUCGAUAUUUGUUGGGAUUGACAAAAAGCUGGAAAAGUUAAUUUCUUUGGUUUGUUCUGCUGCCAAACAGUCCCUUACAGAAAGAGGUCUUCAUAUUCCUCCAUGGAGGAAACCUAGUUACAUGCACUCCAAGUGGCUUUCUGAAAAUUGCAGAAGGGUCUCGUUUGCUGAACUAUGCCUCUCAAAAUAUAAAACUAGAAAGAUACGGUUUUUCUAG